UUUUAAAGCUCAACUUUUAGCUUCCUAUAACUAAAUAGCAAAGGAAAAUUAAGUGUAUAUUCUUUAUUCUGAUAUUUAAGAUAAUUCUACUUACCUCGUGCAAUUUUGCUCAUGCUCAGGGGGUAUAGCACUCCCUACCAACUCUGGCUCAUUUACAGGGUGUAAGUAUUGAUAAAGAGAUAGUUGUCAAGAAGUCCAAGAAUAAGAAGAGGAAGCUCAAUGGUGAUGGCACAUUUGAGAAGUGUGAGCCAGAGGAUUUGGAGGUUCCACAGCAAGCUUCCAAGAAAAAGAAAAGAGGGAAGAUAGACCCAGUACCUGAGAUAAAGAAAAUUGAAAGCACAAAGGAACUCACUAGAAAUGGGCCAAAGAAGAUAAAAAAGGAAGAAAAGAAGACAAAGACCAAAAAGACAUUCUCAAACCAGGAAGAGAAUCAGAGUCAUGCCUCAGAACUUCAGACUGAAACAGGCAAUAAAUUGUUGCUAAGGAAAAAAAAGAAGAAUAGGAAAAACAAUAAGUACAAAGAAUUAAACAAAAGACAAAAAGAAGAGAGGAUGGCAACACAAACUGGUAUGGCAGAAGGCAAAAGUGAAUCCAAGCAGCAAAAUAUAACAACUAUUAAGAAGAGCCAAGAAUCAUUCCGAGCCAUUGCAUCAAAAGAAGAGGUACAGUCUAGUCAAAACAAGGAAGUUAAGAAGAAAAAGAAAAAGAAGAAGAAAUCCAAGUUAUUAGAUAAUACAAACAGCACUGUACAUGAGGAGGACAGCACAAUUAGCCUGAAGAAUAGUCCAGACACAUCUCAUCAUGAUGUCAAGCAAAACAUGAAGCAUGCCAAUGGUCAUGAGAGUGAAGUGAACUCCCAUAAUUCACAAGCCAUUGAUGUUGAUAUUAAGAAGAAAAAGAAAUCUGCCAGCAAGUCUUCUGAUGUCAUUGUGUUAAAUGGCAUUGGUGAACAGUCAUAUCAUGAAAGCAACAGCCACCAGAAUGCAAGUAAUGGGAAAGUUAAAAAGAAGAACAAAAUCAGAAGUGGAAAAACUGAUGUAGAAAUUAUUGAAAAAAAGAAUGGCAUUGAAAGUUCUGCAUCUAUACAUGAACUUGAAAAAGUGGUUGCUGGAGAAGGAACCAAGAAAAAAAAGAAAAAGAAAGAAAAGGGAAAUUCAUUGAAAGCCAAAGAUAACAUUUCAGAUUCCAAGAAGGUCAAGUUAGACAAACAAAAAAAUGGAAGAAAAUUCUCAAAGAAGGUAAAAGAGAGUGAUGAUGAAGAAGAACUAAUUUUUGAUGGUGAUGAAGAGUGCAGCGAAAGUUUCAAGAAAGACUUUCGUGCUCUCUUAUCUAGUCUGAAUUUUAGUCAAGUCAAAACCCCAGAUUCAGGCAGAGGGGAAAGUAAUGAUGAUGAUGAUGAUGAAUUUGAGAUGAGCAAUGGACAAGAAUUUGCACCAACUAAAAAACAUAAAAGAUCAUUGGACAAGGACAAUGAAGAUGAAAGAAAAAAUAAGGGUUUAAAAAAGAAAAAGAAGAUGGAGAGUGCCAAAACAACUCAAAUGAAAGUAAAUGAUAGACAGGAUUCAAAUGAAUGUCAGACUCCUAGGUCAGCUGUCAAAAAAAAUGCUAAAUUUAACAAAGAAAAAGUGGCUAAGUUGCUGGAAGAAGCUGCAAGGAUACAGAGGGAGAAACCGAGUCCUCCUUCUGGGCCAGUUGACUCACUUAAGCAAAAGAUGGAAGAGAGACUGAUGGCAGCCAGAUUCAGGAUGGUCAAUGAGGAACUGUAUACCAAGAACAGCAGUGAGGCACAGCAACUCUUCAAGAGGGACCCCGCAGCCUUUGAUGCCUACCACCAGGGUUACCAAACACAGGUCCGCCAGUGGCCAGUCAACCCCUUGGAUUUAAUCGUCAAGUGGCUCAGUAAAAAACCCAAGGAGUGGGUGGUGGCUGACAUGGGGUGUGGAGAGGCAACACUGGCCCAGCGUGUGCCCCAGAGCUGUGUUCACUCCCUUGACCUGGUGGCAGCCAAUCCCCAGGUAACAGCAUGUGACAUGGCUCACACGCCCCUGGCAGCAGCCUCUGUGGAUGUGGUGGUGUUCUGUCUCUCUCUUAUGGGUACCAACCUCAAGGACUUCAUGAUGGAAGCCAACAGAGUUUUGAGAUCAGGUGGUAUCAUGAAGAUUGCUGAGGUAGAGAGUCGAUUUGGAGAUGUGAAGGAAUUUGAAAAACACCUGGCCAGGUAUGGCUUCCACUGCACAGCAAGAGAUACCUCUCACCAAUACUUCUUUCUUUUUGAUUUUAAGAAAACUCACAAACUCAAGAAGAUGGCAAGUUUGCCGGAUAUUUUCUUAAAGCCAUGUUUGUACAAGAAGAGAUGAACUUUUGGUUAUGGUGUUGUGUACUACAUGACAGUUCAGGUACAGUACAUCUGAUAGUUACUGUAUUGAUUCUUUAGUACAUACUUGUCUUUUUA